AUGGUUAGUCGUCAUGCUUUUGAAGCUGUUGAUCGUACAUUUAGGGACAUAUUGAAAAAUACAGAACAUUGUUCAGGGGAUAGGGUUUUUGGUGGAAAACUAUUUGUGCUUGGUGGUGACUUUAGACAAAUAUUGCCUGUCGUACCUAGAGGUAGGCGUGAACAAACAGUGGAAGCUUCAUUACCUAAGUCAACAAUUUGGAAGCAUUGUCAAGUUUUGCAUCUUACCAGAAAUAUGCGUGUUACAUCACAAGAUAUUUCUAAUCAUACGCGUCAUGAAUUACGUGACUUUGCAGAGUGGAUUAAAUUGGUUGGUGAAGGGAAAAUAAUGGAAAGCUCAUUUAGUGAAGGCUAUGAACCUAAUUGGAUACGGAUACCAGAAAAAUUUGUUAUAAAAAAUGGAGAAAGAGAUUUGCACCAGUUAAUCGAUGCCACCUAUCCUGAUUUCAUAAAUAAAUAUCAGGAUAUGUCGUACUUAAAAGAAUGA